AUGCUCUUUUUCAGCUUCUUCAAGACGCUCGUCAACCACGAAGUGACAAUUGAGCUGAAGAACGACAUCUCCAUUCGCGGCACCCUCAAGAGCGUGGACCAGUACUUGAACAUCAAGCUCGACGACAUCACGGUGGUAGAAGAGUUGAAAUACCCACACUUGGUCAGUCGCCGAACGUCGAGAAGGAAGAGGAGGACAAGUGCAAUUCUGUGUUGUUACGGGCACAAGAGCCGCGGGAAAUAAGGGCAGAAGAGGCUGAUUCGCAGGCACAGAGUUCGGUGAAGAAUGUCUUCAUCCGGGGAAGCGUGGUACGAUACGUGCACCUGCCAGCAGCAGCAGUAGACACGACGUUACUCGAGGAUGCUACACGGAGAGGUGCGUCAUGGGACGAAGAGAGACUCGCUGUCACGUCACGUCACGUUUGUGGCUUGUGGUGGUUGUCCGUCUUGGAAGUUGGAUACUGACACUCGAUCUCUCUGCAGAGGCGCAACAAUCGGCAACGAAAGCGAAGCAGGGAUGA